CGAGUCGUGAGUCAUCCAUUUUUAUUUUAUUUAAUGCGAUUUCCCAGUGCAAAGUACAGCAUACUCGAAGACAAAUUACUACGUUUGUGAAUUGUGAUAAAUUUAUAACGCAUUCGUAAUUUAUCUUUAUCUCAAGUGUUGAGUGUUCAAAUUUCCUGCUUUAUAGUUUGUGCGAGGUUCAAGAUGACUCCAAACGUACAAACGUUUAUAAACAGCUUCCAAAAUCGGCUGGAACCGCCAGUGCGGCAGCAUUUAAAAAAUGUAUAUGGAACCUUGAUGAUGACAUGUACCGCUGCAUCAGCUGGUGUGUAUGUUGAUAUGUUCACAAGGUUCCAAGCUGGUUUUUUGUCGGCAAUUAUUGGUGCAGGAUUAAUGUUGAUGCUAAUUGCAACUCCCGAUGAUGGUAAAAACACAAAAUUGCGUCUUGGCUAUCUACUUGGAUUUGGUUUAACUUCUGGAAUGAGCUUAGGGCCAUUAAUGACAUAUGUGAGCCAUGUUGACCCAUCAAUUAUUGUAACAGCUCUUUUGGGAACAACUCUUGUUUUUGUUUGCUUCUCUAUUGCUGCUAUGCUAGCAGAACGUGGAAGUUGGCUAUUCUUAGGAGGAACACUCAUGACCCUUCUCACAUCCAUGUCUUUAAUGACAUUAGCUAACUUGUUUAUGCAGUCUCAUUUCCUUUAUCAAACCCACCUUUACUUAGGACUGAUGCUUAUGUGUGGAUUUGUUUUGUUUGACACACAACUUAUAAUUGAGAAACGUCGUAUGGGUAGCAAGGACUUUGUUCAACAUGCUCUAGAACUCUUCAUUGAUUUCAUUGGAAUGUUCAGACGUUUGGUCAUCAUUCUGACACAAAAGGAAGAGCAAAAUCGUCGCCGUAAACGUGAUUAAACUUAUGCUCAAUAUACAACAUAAAAAUAUUUUUAAAUGUUUAGCAUUUGGUGAAACUAAGUUGGGUGUUUAUUUUUUAAUUUUAUUGUGUUCUAAAUUAUCUGUAUAUUAUAUUGAAUAAAGUUUAAAAAACUA